GGCCAAGUCGGCUUUUCUCUUCACCCUAUUCCUUCCCAAAUUCCAUCUGCUUCUCCGGUUCCCAACUCCUGCCUCCCCUCCCAUUCCCUUCCCAAACAAUCUGCAGCAAGCCCGUGCAUGGCUUCUGGAGCGGAGAACAAGAGUGACCAGCUGGCUGAAUCGCUCAACGAUCUCUUCAUCAAUGUUUCUACUAUGGUCAAGGGCGAGCUUCAGGGAACGAACAAUCUAUUGGAACUGUUGGAGAAAAUGAAUCUGAGAGUGGCAGAAGAGUACAAAGGUUUUGGUGAUGUGGCUUCUGGAUUGAGAGUUUUCAUGGAUCAGCUGAAGUCCAAAAGUGGAAGCUUUGACGAGUAUGUUCAGCAGAUUGAUUUAAUAGAGCGCCAAGUUACAGAGUUUGAAGCUGUAAUUUCUAUGCUCGAUAAAUAUGUUUCUUUGUUAGAAUCAAAAGUACAAUCUGUGUACCAAACCCCACCACCAUGAAUACAAUUACAAUUUUUUCUUCCUGAUA